GAGAAAGAUCGAUCUAGAGAGAGAAAUAGCGCGCGAAGCGAAGGAGACGACGGAGCGAGAGGAGAAAGAGGAGGCGCGUUCGCACGUGCGAAAUCUCCCGGGUUAGGGCUAGGGUUAGGGUUAGGGUUUCUUCGUGCGACGUUCGGAGCUCGGCGAAAAAAAGGGUGAGGGCAAUCGAGAUCAUCAUGAGGGGCGUCUCAGAAGCCUAUUUCGAUCCCGAUUUCGAUGCGCUCAUCGAUCGCAUCAAUCCCCCCGGGGUUGUUGUGGACAACGAAACAUGCGAGGAUUGCACCCUUGUUAAGGUGGACAGCGCCAACAGAGACGGGAUACUUUUGGAAAUGGUGCAGGUGCUGACAGACCUCGACCUCCUCAUCUCCAAAUCCUACAUCUCCUCCGACGGCGGAUGGCUCAUGGACGUGUUCCACGUGACGGACCAGCUGGGUAACAAGAUUACCGACCGCGGCAUGAUCCACUCCAUCCAGCAGUCCUUCACGCCGGCGCCCAAAUCCGCCAGCCCCCGCCACCACCACCACCACCACCACCACCAGCAGAGCGAAUACAAUUCCGACUCCGCCUGCUGCACCUGCGCUGCCGCAACGACGACGACAACAACUAUCGAGGUCGCCGCCGCCGACCGCCCCGGCCUCCUCUCCGAGAUCGCCGCCGUGCUCGCGGCCCUCGGCUGCCGCGUGUCCUCCUGCCGUGCCUGGACCCACAACUCCCGCGCCGCGGCCGUGCUCGACGUCCAUGACCGCGCCGCCGCCGUCGACCCCCGCCGCCUCGCCGACAUCGAGCAGCAGGUGCGCGGCGUGGUCGGCGCGCACUCCGACGGGCCGGGCGACCGGAUGCGCGUGGCCGUGUCCUCGCCGUCGCCGUCGGGGCGCGUGCACACGGAGCGGCGGCUGCACCAGAUGAUGAGGGAGGAUGGAGACUACGAGGAGAUGACGACGGCGGCGGCGGCGGCGGCGGCGACGGAGACGCGGGUGACGAUAGAUCGGUGGGCGGAGAGGGGGUAUUGGGUGGUGGGCGUGCGGAGCUUGGACCGGCCCAAGCUGCUGUUCGACACCGUCUGCGCCCUCACCGACAUGCGCUACGUCGUCUUCCACGCCGCCGUCGGCUCCCACGGCCAUCUCGCAAUCCAGGAAUACUACAUAAGGCACAAGGAUGGGUGUAGCUUGGACUCCGAGAGCGAGCGUCGAAGGGUCACCCGAUGCUUGGUCGCCGCCGUCGAGCGAAGGGUCUCCCAUGGGUUGAGGCUCGACGUUCGCGCGAUCGACCGGCCGGGGCUACUAUCGGACGUGACGAGAGUGUUUCGAGAGAAUGGGCUCUCGCUGGCGCGGGCUGAGUGCGCGACGCGCGGGGAGAGGGCGGUGGGGACGUUCUACGUGACCGACGCAUCGGGCUGCAGGGAGGUGGACCCAAAGGCGGUGGAGGCCGUGAGGAGGGAGGUCGGCGGGGGGAUCGUCUUGGAGGUGAACAAGGAUGCUCCUAGUCGGUCACCGGCGGAAAAGAAGAUCAGGGCCCAAACACACGGUAUCGGUAUCGGCAGUGCUAGCAGCUUAGAAGAGGCGAGGCCGAGGAAUUCGCUCGGGAGCAUCCUGUGGUCGCAGAUCGAGAGGUUGUCCGGUUUCAUCCGAUCGUGAAUCACACAAGAACACAGAAGAAGAAGAAGAAGAUCACGAAGAAGAUGAAGAAUAUGAGUUUGUUUCUCUCGGUUCAUCCGAUCCUGCCGAUCGCGCGCGGAGAAAUCAAAGCAUCAGAUGCAGAAGAUCAUGACUUAGAAAAGGAGUCUCGCAUGUGCAGUUCUGCUUGUAUAUAUAUAUAUAUAUAUAUACAUGUCGAUGAGUUUUUCGCCCGCGGCGUCUUUGGUUUCGUUCGGACGAGUAGUACUAUAUAUGGUUUCUGGUUUAGGAGUUAGUUUUUAGAUGAUUAUCAGCAGAGAUUUGUGACCACUACCCUUAUCAUGUGUGAGGCUCAGGAAAUUAGGUGCUAAUUAGUGGUGCGCGCAAAUGUCUCGUCAUUUUUAGUUGCGUGCUGCAUGUGGAGCAAAAACUAGUGAAGAUCAACAAGAGCUUAAUUUAAUUCCUGCAGCACGUUUUAAGUUUUGCAAAAGAGGAACUGAAUCUUAGCUAGAGAAGAAGCCUUGUAAAGAAGUCCCCUUGAUAGCUUCUCUCCGUCCUAGCUUAUUAUAUUUUUGCCCUUAUGCUACUGUUGCUGUUCUCUAGUUUUCUGAUUAUUAUCAUUACUGUAGGUAGAAGCAGAAGCAUAAGUUCUUGGGAGUACACACAGAUAGUAGUGGUAACGAAGAAAGGAAAGAUAUAUGGUAUUUGCUUUUA